AUGUCCCGCAAGGCCAGCGACAAUGUGGAGUACACGCUGCGGAGCCUGAGCAACCUGAUGGGCGAGAAGCGGCGGCGGCAGGCGGACGGGUCCGCCGGCUCGGGCGCGGCGGCGGCGGGCGAGCGGAGCCUCAUCGCCGCCGAGUCGUGCUCCAGCCUCAACAGCGCGGCGUCGGGCGGCGAGCUGGAGCGGGCGGCGCGGCGGCAGUUCCAGCAGGACGAGACCCCCGGCUUCGUCUACGUGGUGUCGGUCUUCUCCGCCCUGGGGGGCUUCCUCUUCGGCUACGACACCGGCGUGGUGUCGGGGGCCCUGCUCCUCCUCAAGAGGGAGCUCAACCUGGACGCCCUCUGGCAGGAGCUGCUCGUCUCCGGCACGGUGGGCGCCGCCGCCCUCUCCGCCCUGGCCGGCGGCGUCCUCAACGGGCUGUGCGGCCGGCGGCCCUGCAUCCUGCUGGCCAGCGGCCUCUUCACGGCGGGGGCCGGCGUGCUGGCCGCCGCCCGCGACAAGGAGACCCUGCUGGGGGGACGCGUGGUGGUGGGGCUGGGCAUCGGUGUAGCAUCUAUGACUGUGCCAGUGUACAUCGCAGAAGUUGCUCCACCACACUUAAGAGGCAGAUUAGUCACCAUUAACACUCUGUUCAUCACUGGAGGGCAGUUUUUUGCAAGUGUCAUCGAUGGAAUCUUCAGCUACCUCGCGAAGGACGGAUGGAGGUACAUGCUGGGCCUGUCAGCUGUUCCAGCAGUUCUACAGUUUCUUGGAUUCCUGUUUCUUCCCGAAAGUCCCCGCUGGCUCAUUCAGAAAGGCCAGACUCAGAGAGCACGGAGAAUUCUGUCUCAAAUGCGUGGCAACCAGGCAAUUGAUGAGGAGUACGACAGUAUCAAAAACAACAUUGAAGAAGAAGAAAAAGAAGUUGGAGCAGCUGGACCUGUGAUCUGCAGAAUGCUAACAUACCCUCCAACUCGAAGAGCCUUAAUUGUGGGUUGUGGUCUGCAGAUGUUUCAACAACUGUCAGGGAUUAACACCGUCAUGUACUACAGUGCUACCAUUUUGCAGAUGUCAGGAGUUGAAGAUGACAGGCUUGCAAUCUGGCUGGCUGCACUGACAGCGUUUAUAAACUUCAUUUUUACUCUCGUGGGAGUUUGGCUCGUUGAAAGAAUGGGUCGCCGGAAACUUACACUUGGUAGCUUAACAGGUACUGCUGUAGCACUCAUUAUCCUAGCUUCGGGAUUUUUGCUAUCAGCUCAGGUCUCGCCAAGAAUCACACUUAAUCCACCAGAUCCUUCACAUCAAAAUUCUACCUGCACAAAAUACAGUUAUUGUAAUGGAUGUAUGUUAGAUCCAGACUGUGGUCUCUGCUACAAAUUGAAUAAAUCAAGUGUUGUUGAGUCUUCAUGCAUUCCUGUUGAUACAGAUUCUACAAUGAAAGCAGCAUGGGGCAGGUGUUCAAAUGAAACAGUAUUCAAAAAGGAAGGUUUGUUCUGGGCAUACAAUUUCUGCCCCACUCCAUACUCUUGGACAGCACUUCUGGGCCUUAUUUUAUACUUGGUUUUCUUUGCACCUGGGAUGGGUCCUAUGCCCUGGACCGUCAAUUCUGAAAUUUACCCACUUUGGGCUAGAAGUACAGGAAACGCAUGUUCCUCUGGAGUCAACUGGGUUUUCAAUGUGCUCGUGUCACUGACAUUUCUGCAUACGGCCGAAUAUCUGACAUACUAUGGAGCCUUCUUCCUCUACGCAGGGUUUGCUGGCUUGGGACUGGUUUUCAUCUACGGCUGCCUUCCUGAGACUAAAGGGAAAAAACUAGAGGAAAUUGAAUCUUUGUUUGAAAACAGGCUAUGUACAUGUGGUAUGUCAGAUUCUGAUGAAGGGAGAUAUAUCGAGUAUAUUCGGGUGAAGGGAAGUAAUUACCAUCUUUCUGACAAUGAUGCUUCUGAUGUGGAAUAAUUUUCAGCUGCUGAUGUAUUUAAUCAUUUAAAAGCCUUCUGGGGGAAAAGCAGC